AUGUCUAAGAUCACAGUCGCUAAUGUCCGGACGCAAGUCGCCGAGCUCUUGGAGUACUCCAACGAGACCAAGAAGCGCAACUUCCUUGAGACCGUUGAGCUCCAGAUCGGCCUGAAGAACUAUGACCCCCAGCGUGACAAGCGUUUCUCCGGCACCAUCAGGCUGCCCGCCAUCCCCCGCCCCAACAUGGCCAUCUGUAUCCUCGGUGACCAGCACGAUCUCGACCGUGCCAAGCACGGCGGUGUCGACGCCAUGUCCGCUGAUGACCUCAAGAAGCUGAACAAGAACAAGAAGCUCAUCAAGAAGCUUGCCCGCAAGUACGAUGCCUUCAUUGCUUCCGAGGCUCUCAUCAAGCAGAUCCCCCGUCUCCUCGGUCCCGGUCUGUCCAAGGCUGGCAAGUUCCCCACCCCCGUCUCUCACGCCGACGACCUGACUGGCCGCAUCAACGAGGUCAAGUCCACCAUCAAGUUCCAGCUCAAGAAGGUUCUCUGCAUGGGUGUCGCCGUCGGCAACGUCGAGAUGGGCCAGGAGCAGCUCAUUGGUAACAUCAUGCUUGCCAUCAACUACCUCGUCUCCCUCCUCAAGAAGGGCUGGCAGAACGUUGGAAGCCUGGUCAUCAAGGCUUCCAUGUCUCCUCCCCACCGCCUGUACUAA